UUUUUUUUUUUUUUUUUUGGAGUAAUUUUUUUUAUUUUUGAAUAGUGUUUUUGAAGGAAAAAAAAUUGUGAUUAUUGUGGGUGAAAUAAUAAAAUGAUAAAAUUUAUAUUGUGGUGAUUUAAAAAAAUAUAUAUAUAUUUAUAUAAAAAAAAUAAUAAUAAUUGUUAAAAUAGUGGAAAGGGAAAAAGAAGAAAUAUAUAAAAAAAAAAAAGAGAAGAGAAGAGAAGGAGUGUGUGUGUGUGUGUUUGUUUGUGUGUUGGGAGGAGUUGAAAUUAUUUUUUUUUUUUUGAAGUUUAUAUUUAUUGAUAAUUCAUAUAUUGAAGAUGGUUAAUGGCUAAUUAUUAUUGUGAGUGAAUAUUUGUGUUAAAGGAUUAAUAUAAUUCUUUUGUGGAAUUAAUUACAUCGUUUUGAGACGAUGGAGAAGCCAUGACGCACCCGUCGCAUCAGACUAACGGCGCCAGCUUGGAGGACUGCCACACGAAUUUUUUCGCAUUGACUGACCUCUGUGGAAUAAAAUGGCGAAAGCUUGUGUGGGGAGAAGUGACUGGUGGAUUCGGGGGUACCCCCCUUGAGGAUCCAGUAUUAUCAAGUUUUUCACGUUGUUUAGCUGGUGAUAUACUAUGUGUAUGGCGACGUGUUGCAUCAACACCAUCAACAAAUACAACUGGUACUGGUGGUUUAUAUGAUGUUAAUAUUGCACCAUCACCAGCACCACCACCAUUAUCAUUAACCGCAGCUAAAGAAUUAUGGAUUUUUUGGUAUGGUGAAGAACCAGAUUUAUCUGGACUUGUUUCACCUGAACUUAUUUCUUGUGAAAGUGAACAAGGAUCUUGGGAAAGUGGAUUAUCUUAUGAAUGUCGAUCAUUAUUAUUUAAAGCAUUACAUAAUUUAAUUGAACGUUGUUUAUUAUCACGUGAUUUUGUACGUCUUGGUAAAUGGUUUGUUCAGCCCUAUGAUGGAUUUGAAAAACAUCGUUGUAAUAGUCAUUUGUCAUUUUCUUUUGCAUUUUUUGUACAUGGUGAGAGUACAGUUUGUGCAAGUGUUGAUGUUAGACAACAUCCAGCUGUUCGACAUCUUACUAGAACUUGUCUUCAACGUACACAAACAAUGCAAAAUGGUGUCAAGGUUAUAUUGGCACCAUAUGGAUUGGCUGGUACAUUAACUGGUCAAGUUGGACGUAUUGAUAGUCAAUUACUUGAUGAAUGGAAACAUUUUUAUCCAAUAAAUAGUAAUAAUGUUGAUAGUGGUUUACCAACACUUGUUGAAGUUUUAGUUGGUGGUGUACGUAUGCGUUAUCCAUCUUGUUAUGUACUUGUAACUGAUAUGGAUGAUGUUAAUAUUGAGCUACCAUUAUCACCACCAUAUAGUCCAGCAACAACAACAUAUGAAAAUCCAAAUUCAAUACAACGUGAUACUAAAACAUCAACUGAAUUACCAGAACGUGUUUGGGCUGAAUGUACUGUUGGUAAUAAUUAUCAUUCAAAUAUUAUUAAUGAACCAGCAUCACCUGAUUUUGGUAAUUGGACAUUUGUUGAUGCAACACAAAAGUCUUCCUGUACAUGUUCAAAGUGCACAACCACCCCCGGGGGUUGGAAGGGCAUCAACUCCUCCAGUCAGGUUCAGAGGGAAAGAGUUGAUAAAAGUGGACGAAGAAAUGUCGUACCAUUCCAUCGACGAUCUACCACUCAAUGGGAAUCAUCUUGCCCCUCUGUACCUACAAAUACCCCCAGAUCUGUUGUGAAUAUUAAAACUGAAGCACCAAAUACACCACCAGGUGGUCCACCAUCAUAUCCACGUGGACCACCAACUGGUGGUGAUUGUCCACCAGUACCAUCAGUUGGAUCACCAAGUUCACCAGCACCAUCACCAUUACCAACACCACAUUCCGAGCCAGCUUCAGUACCACCAUCAUCGACUGAUUUAACAAUGCCAACAUUAAGUCCUCAACCACCACCACCAAAUCAUACAGCACCACCAUUGAACUCAUCAUCAUCAACAUCAUCAUCAUCACAACAACAACAACAACAACCACAACAGCAGCAGCAACAACAACAGUCACAGUCACAGCCACAACAACAACAAGGACCAAAAUUAAUACCACCAUCAUCAGGUUGUUGUAAUAACAAUCAAUCAACAAGUUCAACACAAGGACCAUCAUUAAAAAGACCAAUAUUAUCAUCAAGAGAAUAUGAAGGUGCUCUUAUUGAUGAUGAACAACCAUUAUGUUGGCUUUAUGAUUAUUCAUCACUUGAAGCAUGGUUUAAUCAUCCAGUUAAAAAAUUUAAAGGAAAUACAUCAGUACCAACAAAUCAAAGAUGUAAAAGUUUAUAUCCACAAAAUGAUACAAUUAAUAAUCAAUCACAAAUACCAAAAAUGGAAAUUAAACAAGAACCUGGAACAGUAUCUGGUGAUUGUACUGGUCGUAAUGAUCCAUAUGAAUUUGAUAUAAAUAUUGAUGAAAAUGGUAGUAAUACAAAUGCUGAUGGUAUACAUCGUCAACGUGAUGAUCAACAAAAACCAAGUUCAUUAUUUACAAGUGAAGGUUUACAAGCAUCAUAUAAAGAUCUUGAUCAAAUAUUUGAUAAUUCAGAUCCUGAUACAUCAUCUGAUGAAACAAAUUUAAAUCAAAUACAAAUACAAACACCACCUGGUUCAAAUAAAUCAGCAAUACAUAAUGAUGAACAACGUUUUGAUAAUAAUACUAAAAAUUAUAAUUCACGUUGUAUAUUACGUCCUGAAGAAUUAUCAAAAAUGUUUCCAACACCACCAUCAUUAGAACAUAAUCCAGUUGCAUCACCAUGUCAAUUAAAUGAUACAUUAAUUGAACAAUUAGAUAUUAAUUUAUUACAAAGACAACAACAACGUAUAUUACCAGAUAUAUAUCCAAAUAUGGGAUCACCACAAGAAGAACAAAUUGAUGAUUGGAAUUAUGUAUUUAAACCACCAUUAGUAUGUAAACUUGUUGGUUCAUCAAAAUAUGCACCAUUAACAAAUUUACCAUCACAAUUAUUACCACCAAUAUCAUUGCCAUCAAAUUGUAUAUAUCGUCCAUCAUGGCAAUGUCCAACAACAACAAGUACAACUUCAUCUUCAUCAUCAUCAUCAUCAGGAUCAUCACCAACAGUACCACCAUCAUCAUCAUCAGGAGCAACAGGAGCAGCAGCUGCAGCAACAACAUCAUCAUCAUCAUCUUCUUCAUCGUCAUCACCACCAUCAACAACAACAACAUUGUCAACAACAAUUGCAACAACAACAUCAUUAUCAUCAUCAUCAUUAUUAACUGAUAGUAAAAUUGGUAUAUUAACAAAUAAUAAUAAUAAUAAUAAUCAAUUGAGAUUACAACAACAAAAUCAACAAUUAAGUAAUAUUAUUGGUAGUCAAGUACAUUUACCAAUAUUACAAAAUACAUUACAACAAAAUAAUCAUCACCAUCAUCAUCAUCAUCAACAACAGCAGCAGCAACAUCAUCAUCAUCAACAACAACAACAGUUACAACAACAAUUACAUCAUCAACAGCAGCAACUUCAACAGCAACAGCAGCAGCAACAACAACAACAAUUAUUACAUAAUUUACCAUCAUCACCAGCACAAUCAUCGUCAUAUCGUGUUAGACCACCACCACCACCAUAUGAUCAACCAAGUCCAGCAACAUCAACAACAUCAAGUUAUUUAAAUAAAAAUAUAAAUUCAAUUGAUACAAUUGAUACACCUGGACAACAAAAUCGUUUUGCUGAAACAAAUUCAUUAAUUGUUAAUAUAUUACUUGGUGAUACAGCAUUAAAUAUAUUUAGAGAUCAUAAUUUUGAUAGUUGUUCAUUAUGUGUAUGUAAUGCUGGACCAAAAGUUGUUGGUAAUAUUAAAGGUGCUGAUGCUGGUAUAUAUAUUACAACAAAUAAUUUAAAUAAUAUUGGUUAUAAUAAUGAUGAUGAUCAAAUACGUUGUUCAUGUGGUUUUUCAGCAGUUAUUAAUCGUAAAUUAUCACAUAAAUCUGGUUUAUUUUAUGAAGAUGAAAUGGAAAUAACUGGUAUUGCUGAUGAUCCAGCUGAUUUUAAAAAAAUAUCACUUGUUGCUGUUUGUGGUAAUAAUGAUGACUAUAACACUAAUAAUAAUAGUAACAACAACAACAACAACAACAACAGCAAUAGUAACAAUAAUAAUAAUAGUAAUAAUAAUAAUAAUAAUUCAAAUAGUAAUAAUAGUGGUGGAGGUAAUAGUGGUGGUAGUGUUAGUGAUGGUAAUAGUGUCAAUAAUAAUAAUAGCAACAACAACAACAAUAAUAAUAAUAAUAAUACAAGUGGUACCAAUAAUAAUAGUAAUAAUAGUAAUAAUAGUAAUAAUAGUAACAACAAUAAUGGUUCAAAAAUAACAAAUACAAAUGAUGAUACAAAUCAAAUUGAUAAUAUACCAAUAAAUGUUUUGGAAAUAUUACGUGAACAAUGUGCAAUUGUACAAAGUUCAGUUAGUAGUUUAUAUCGUGCAUCACGUGUUUAUGCAUGUAAUCGUAAUAAUAUGAAAAUUGGACCAACAUUAAAUACAUUAGAAUAUAAUGAUGGUAAUGAUGUAUCAUUAAUGGCAAUUGAUCAAGGUAAAAUAAUUGAUGGUAUACCAUAUGAUAAAACAAAUAGAAUAAAUGGUAUACAUAAAUGGGGUUUUAUACGUGCUAAAGGACCACAAUGUAGUGGUGAUAUUGUUAGAAUAAUGAGAUCAUUACAACCAUUAUUACAAGAAGCUGUACAACGUAAAUGUACAACACGUAUGUGGGAAGCACCAUAUACUGUUGCUGGACCAUUAACAUGGCGACAAUUUCAUCGUUUAGCUGGUAGAGGUACUGAUGAUCGUUGUGAACCACAACCAAUACCAGCAAUUGUUGUUGGAUAUGAUCGUGAUUGGUUAUCAUUAGCACCACAUGCAUUAAAUUAUUGGGAAAAAUUAAUGCUUGAACCAUAUUCUGGACCACGUGAUAUUGCAUAUAUUGUAUUAACACCAGAUAAUGAUACUGUUAUUAAUCGUGUUAAAAAUUUUUUUCGUGAAUUAUCAACAACAUAUGAUAUAUGUCGUCUUGGUAAACAUAUACCAAUAACUAAAACAUCACGUGAUGGUAUAAUACGUGUUGGUAAAAACUCAUGUCAAAAUUAUUAUGAUAAUAAAAGACAACAACAACAACAACAACAGCAGCAGCAACAACAACAGCAACAACAACAACAGCAACAGCAGCAACAACAACAAAUUGAUGAAUGGUUUAAAUUAUUAGGUGAUAAUAAAAUGAGUGAACAAUUACGACAUUAUGCACAAGUAUGUUGUUAUCGUUUAGCACCAUAUUUAACCCAAGUUAUACAAGAUCGUUCAUUAUUAGAUAAUAACAAUGAUAUUAAUAUAAAAAAAGAACAAUUAUCAUCAUCAUUAUCAUCACAACAAUCAACAUCAAAUGUAUCACCAGAAACAAUGCCAACAACACCAGAUGGUAUAACAAUUAAAAGUGAACCAAUUGAUGAUAAUUCACAAUCAUCUGGUACAACAAUUGUCAAUAAUAAUAAUAAUAGUAAUAAUAGUAAUACAACAAAUAUUAAUAAUUUACAAAAUUCAAGUCCUGGUAAUAAUAAUAACAAUAAUAAUAAUAAUAACAAUAAUAAUUCAAAUAAUCAAGGACAAAAUAUAAAUGGUAAUGGUAAUAAUGGUGGUAAUGGUAAUACAAUUGGUCCAGAUGAUGAUGAAAUUGAACAACCAUCAAUUGUUGUUUAUAUUGUUGAACCAUUUACACUUGGUGGUCCAGAAAAUAUUGAUAAAAGAAGACUUGCAAUAUUGGCAUUAUUGCGAGCAUAUUCAAAUGCAAUAUGUGCUAUGCCAGAAAAUAUUAGAAGUAAUAUUAAUGUACAAUUAAUAUCAUUAGAAAGUAUUAUGGAAUUAGGACGUGCACGUGAAAGAAGAAAAAUACAAGAUGAAUUACGUUCAUUAGCAUUAAAUGUAUUUUUACAAGGACGUCGUUUAUUAAAUCAUAAUUCAACAGUUAAAAGUUUAACUGGUUUUGGUACUGCUGCUUCUGCUGAUAUAUUUUUAAAAAAUAAAGAUGAAAGAAAUCGUGCACCUUAUCGUCUUUAUGCACCAGCAUAUGUAUUAGCACCAUUAAGAGCUAAAAGUGAAGCACCAGAAUCAUUUGGUAUUGCUGGUCCAGAAGAAUGUGCUGUACUUUAUUUAAGUUAUUGUUUAAGUGAAGAUCAAUCACGUUUACUUGCUGUUGCAACUGAUGAUCGUGGUGAAAUAUUUGAAACAGCUGCUAUUAAUAUUGAUGUACCAAAUCGUAAAAGAAGAAAAAGAGUAUCAGCAAGAAGAAUUGGAUUACAAAAAUUAAUGGAUUUUAUACUUGGUGUUAUGUCACAAGGCGUACAACCAUGGAGACUUGUUGUUGGACGUGUUGGUAGAAUUGGACAUGGUGAAUUAAAAGGAUGGAGUUGGUUAUUAUCACGUAAAUCAUUAUUAAAAGCAUCAAAACAUUUAAAAGAAAUAUGUGGACAAUGUAAUUUAUUAUAUCCAUCAGCAGCACCAUGUGUAUUAAGUGCUUGUUUAGUAUCACUUGAACCAGAUUCAACAUUAAGAUUAAUGGCUGAUCAAUUUACACCUGAUGAAAGAUUUAGUCAAGCAUCUGUUAAUUGUCAAUUAUCAACACCACAAGAUGUAACAUGUACUCAUAUACUUGUCUUCCCAACAUCUGCAACGACACAGUCGUCGCAGACUGCAUUCCAAGAACAACAUAUUAAUGGUCCUGAACUUGGUGAUGAUGAGUUAUUUUCAGCUCUAAAUGAUGAUAUGCCUGAAGGCAUGGAGGGUAUGGGUGAUUUUAAUGAUAUAUUUAAUGUAUGGCCAGAGGCUGGUGCUGGUGGUGGACAAAGUCCUGGUGGUAGUCCACAUCGUCCAGAAGGUUCACCACUUGGUGGUGAUGGUGGUGGUUCAGGAAUGGGUAAUCAUGAUGGACCUGGUAGUCCAUUUCCAUGUAGUAAUACACCAAGGGCAGUAGCUAAUGAUCAAGCUGAAGAAGUUGGUACAUUAUUACAACAACCAUUGGCACUUGGUUAUCUUGUAUCAACAGCACCAACUGGACGUAUGCCACCAUGGUUUUGGUCAGCAUGUCCACAUCUUGAAGGUGUAUGUCCAGCAUUUUUAAAAAAUGCAUUACAUUUACAUAGUCCAGCAAUACAACAAAAUAGUGAUGAUUUAUUACAACAACAAAGUGCAUUGACUGCACAUCCAUUAGAUUCACAAUAUACAACAGAUGUGCUAAGAUAUGUUCUUGAGGGUUAUAAUGCACUUUCUUGGCUGGCUGUUGAUUCAAAUACAAGAGAUCGACUCUCUUGUUUACCUGUACAUAUACAGGCACUUAUGCAGCUAUAUCAUGCAUCAGCAGCUCUCGUCUGACCCAGACCAUUAGUACAUAAUUACCAGCAUUUUUUUUAUUUUUUAUUUUCAUUUUUUUUUCACGCAAUUAUUAUUAAUAAUAAUUUUUAUUUAAAAUUUAG